UCAGCUCUCCACACAGUCCCGACUACACCGCACACAAACCCGCUUUGCGUACGACUCAGUGUCCUCACCAUUUUCGACUCCGCAUCCACAGAAAACAGGGCGGUCAGUCGAACCUGUUUCCGCCUCGGUGUCUGCUCCCGCAUACCUCUCCCCUUUACCACAGCCGCAUUCCGGAGCCGUUGACCGCCUCAUCCAUGCAUUGGCGUCCUGGGCCACAGCACACCGCCUCUGGCUCCAGCCAUGUCAGCCAGGAAUGCAACGGCUGGCGGCGGUGACAGAGCGGCAGGCGAAGCGGCAGAGGAUGUACUGGUUGAGGAAAACCAAAGCAGUUCUAUGUGUCUGCCGAGCCUGAUGACCCCCUCCUCAGCUGCAAGCAUGUCCUUGAGCAUGGAAAUGCCUCGGAAACGCAAGGGCAGCACAGACAACCAGGAAACAAAAUCUACUUCCAUGCUCGAUGCAGAUAUGGAAGAUGACCAAGACAGGUCAGAUGGAGAGGACCAACAUGUCAAAAUCAAAUGCUUCAGGGAACCACACAGCCAAAUUGAAAAGCGAAGACGGGACAAAAUGAACAAUCUCAUUGACAAACUGUCGACCAUGAUCCCAACUUGUAACCCCAUGUCUCGAAAGCUGGACAAACUCACUGUGCUCAGAAUGGCUCUGCAGCACCUCAAAUCUCUCAAAGGCUCAGCAAGCUCUUUCUCUGAAGCCAACUACAAGCCUUCAUUCCUUCCUGACGAGGAGCUCAAACAACUCGUCCUCAAGGCUGCAGAUGGAUUCUUGUUUGUAGUGGGCUGUGAUCGUGGAAAAAUAGUUUUUGUCUCCGAGUCCGUCACGAAGAUAUUAAAUUAUAGUCGGGCGGAGCUGAUCGGGCAGAGUUUAUUUGAUUACAUACACCCUAAGGACAUGGGGAAAGUGAAGGAGCAGCUGUCAGCGUCUGAAUUAUACCCUCGUGAACGGCUAAUAGAUGCUAAAACUGGUCUGCAGGUCCAGGCUGACCUCCCAGUAGGUGCAGCACGGCUGUGUUCAGGGGCCCGACGCUCUUUCUUCUGCCGAAUGAAGUACAACAAAAUUUCUGUCAAAGUGGAGGAGAAGGAAUUCCAGGCUGGCACCUCCAAAAAGAAAGAGUCACAGAAGUACUGCACAGUCCACUGUACAGGCUACAUGCGGAGCUGGCCUACGAGUCAGCUCGGAGCAGAGGGGGAGGGCGAGGCAGACAAGCAGGACAGUUCCCACUUCAGCUGUCUGGUGGCAGUGGGCCGUGUCCACUACCAUUCAUCUCCACAGGUUAACGGAGAGGUCCGAGUUAAACCCACAGAGUUCACCACACGCUAUGCCAUGGAUGGAAAAUUCACCUUUGUCGAUCAAAGAGCCACAACUGUUCUUGGCUACCUCCCACAAGAAUUGCUUGGGACAUCAUGCUAUGAGUACUUCCAUCAAGAUGACUUACCACAUUUGGCCGAUAGACAUCGAAAAGUGCUGCGGAGUAAAGAGAAAAUAGAGACAAACUGCUAUAAGUUUAAAACAAAAUAUGGCUCCUUUGUCAAUCUGCAAAGUCAGUGGUUUAGUUUUGUAAAUCCGUGGACCAAAGAAGUAGAGUACAUCGUGUCAACUAAUACAGUCAUAUCUCAUGAUCACCAUCGGACAAGCCAGUCAGGAAACAAGUCUGAACAAUCAAGCAAUUCCAAAACUUCAGAAGAAGAUGGCAAAAAGUCCCUGCCAAUUAUCCCGGGCAUCUCCACCACACCUGGAACAAUGAUCUAUGCCGGGAGCAUAGGGACUCAAAUCGCCAACGAGCUGCUGGAUUACAACAGGAUGAACUCGUCACCCCCCAGUGGUAGUGUCAGUCCAUUCAGCCUACCGCAGGACAAGUCUCCUCAAACUCACAGUCAAGUCAGCAGCAAUGUGCCAAAUGGGGAGGCAACAGACAUGGAGAUGCCAGGAAAGUCCAGCUCAGAGGAUGAGCCCCAGGGAGCUGCAUUCUCAGGAGGAGAAACACUCAUGGGGGAGAAUUCCCAGCUUGAUUUGGACAGUGUGGUGGGACCGGGCCUUAGUAGUCUUAGCAAUGAUGAAGCAGCCAUCAACGUGAUCAUGAGCCUCUUGGAGACGGACACAAAUUUAGAGGAGGCUGUGGACUUUGAAGAGAUGCACUGGUAUUAAUGUAAAGCUAUUUUCUAAGGUUGUAUGAUUAGGUACUGUAUGUUUCAUUAAAAUAAGAAGACACCACAGCUCUGGCCCAUCUCUGUGACCCCUCAGGAUCCAAACCGCAGAGGACCUCGGUAGACCAUAACCUUGAAACUUUGAGUGGCCUACUGAUGUGCCACUCAAAGAUCUUCUCUUAACUUGUCAGUAUCUGAACAUUUUCCAUGAAAAAAGUCCACUAACCUUUUCUCUCUUGUACACUGACUUGAACAUAUUUGUGACUUUGGUAUGACUGCAAUCGAUGUCUUCAGGCCGUAUCUGUUUUAAAGGGAUAGAUUUUUUUUAGUAUAUAUAAACAUUUAGCUUUCUACAUUAGCUACCUGAUUUUUUUUUUAGCCCUAUCUAUCUAAACAUUAUAAAUAAGAGAAAUUAUUCACCUUGAUGAAUAUAUUGAGAGCAGGAUGUAUAAAAACUUAAGUACUACUAUGAGUUCUUGCAAAGUGAAAUGGUGGUUUUCAGGUGCUGAGAUAGAUGUUAGGCAGCAACUUGUAUCUGCUCCAUUUUAUUAAUUCAUCUUUGAGGUCGAUCUCUGAGUCUGAUGAUAGAUGUGAUAACUCAGGGAGUAAUGGAAACCGAGCCGCCCCACAUAAACACACAAUGUCACAGAUCUGCCAUUAUAGCAGUAUUUUGCCCUCUACUGAAAAUACUGUACAUUUGUAUGAGGUGUUAUGAAUGUGUGCUUGUUGGAGUAACAUGUUAAAUUGUGUGGUUGUUUUUUAACACUUACUGUUAGCUAUUUUAUCUUUCAAGUAAGCCAUAGCAUUCAAUUUCAUUUCAUUUUUUUUGUUUGUGCUAAUUUGCUGGCAGUCUUUUUGAAGGAAACUUUUAUGUGCUUGUCAUAUAUUCAUUUAGUUGUGAUGCUAUGCAGAGCUAUCAUUCCAUAAAUUCUGAACUGAAAGCUAUGUAACUAUUUUUCUCUGUUAUUGUUACUCCAACUUCAUUUAUGACUCGAGGGACAGAAAUACAUGAGACAUAUUGCUGACCUGUGACAUAGCAGUGAGAAUUUGAUUCCUGUUUACCUCAUGUAUAGUUUAGUUUUGCCCAUGCUACAGUUGCACAACUGUAAUAUUACUAACAAAUACUAUGGUUAUUGCAGUCAUAACGUGAUUUAUUAUUUAGGGCGUGACUCUUUGGAAUUUCAGCUCUUUGAUUUCCCUGCAGAGCUGAAAAUUACCUCGCAGUCAGAUAGCCUUAUUGUGUGGUUUAGUAAUUAGCUUAAGACACCCAAAUUCUCUUGUUUUUGUCAGGCAAUGAAAACAGUUGAUUGAUAUUUUAAGCCUGGCAAAUUGCUAGAUGUCCUCUUAAAAAAAUCACAUUGAAAGCUCUUGGAAAUAUUAGCCCCUUAUCCAAAUUUAAGAUAAAUAUUUUGUGACUCUAAUGUAAGAAAGAAAAUUAACUUCAGACUACUGAAAUCCCUUUAACUGAUGUUAGGCACAUUGAUUUUCACUUUUUAACAUACUGAUGACUGUUUAUGCAAUCACAUUUCUCUGUCAGAAUGGGUUCAAAUACUCAUGAGGUCCAAGUUGAUAUGUGGAAACUAAUUUUCCUCAAGAUACAGCAGUAUGUUUUUUUGUCAAAUGUGUUUGGACUGUUUAUCUGUUUGCCCUCUGUCAUUAGUCAUGGUGUAGUAUUGCUGUCAGGACUACCUUAUAGGAACAGUAUUGCUUCUAUACCACUUUUCACCUGGUGUUACAGCCAUGAUUUGUAAUUAUCUCUUGAGGACUUGUGGAUUUUUCAUUCACAACUAUUGUUUCAAGGAUAAAAAAUGUUUUUAAUGAAUCAUGAAGAAUAUGGCCUCUUCAUCUCUUAUGCUUGAAUUAUAAGGAGCUGAACUCGAAGGACCUGCCUACCUGUGUCCGAAGUGCCUUUGGACAUUUCUACUCGGACACACAGUAUAAACCUGUGUUACUCUGGGAGACUGCCUCCCACCUGGCACCUCUGCAGACUGUAAGGAGGGCUAUUUGUGUGAUCUUAACGUGUCAUUGGAUGAACUUGAUGCAAAAUGGCAUACUGUGUACAUCAGAGUUUGUUCACAGAUGAAACCAGAGCUGUUCGUGUUAGCUUCAAUACUCACUACCUAACCAAACUAGAAGAGCUACAGAGUUAUGCCAUAGACACAGGCUGGUCCUUUAAAAGGCAAGACGUCCAUUAUGUGUUUUUGUUUUGUUUCCUGUUCUUGUUCAGUCAUUGCACUCUUGUAUCUGUGAGUUCCCCAGUGCAAUGAGACUGCUAAGAUGUUGCUCUUACAUUAGCUUGUUUUGUUGCAACUGAGUGAUAAACCUCGCUUAGAGUCACACAUUCUGCUUCAGACUCAAUUUGAAAUAAAACCGUAGAUUUUGUAUGCCAGGAACAUGAUGUUUUGAUUUCAACCCUGCUUUUAUGUCUGUACUGCAUGCCACUUUUGUAUCAUUUAGUGUCAUUAGUUUUUGAAAUUUGUUGCAUCAGUAGAGUUAUACAAUUAAAACAGACCAGUGUUUGUCCACUGACAGUCAGCUGUCACUCUGUGGGCUUCUGUUGGACAUCUGGGAGCUUGUUACUGCUAAGUAUGUCAUCUGUUUCUGUAGCCUCAAUUGUACAACUUCCUCCGACUUCAUAAGUUCAGUCAUGUUCAAUUUAUGGGGCUCAAGAUGAAGCACUUACUGUAUUUGUCUAUGGCAUCAUUGCUGCUACUAUCAACAAGUCUGGGGUGUCUUCCCAGGUUGUAAUGUUGUAAUAAAUACUAGUUUACUGAA